GUUCAUUUUAAAAAUCUCGAACUCGCGACACCUCCUCCCCUCCACCAUGAAUCGUCCUGGUCCUCUAGAAGAACUCCCUCUCGAACGUUUUCUACCCUCCUACGCGAAUAUCAGCGACAACGACGACGACGACGACCUUUGGACGGGUGGCACCCGCCUCAAGCGUCCACUAUCGCCUACGAGUCAUAGCCCUAGCGCGAAGCGGCGGCAACUGAGCAUAGAUGGCCGUUCAACAACGCCAGGGUCGUCGAAGAUGACUCCACGGUCUCGAUAUGCGCAAUCUGUAGACUUCAGUGCUGUCCUGCAAAGCCCCGAUAGUCCUGUAAAGAGGCUCAACUUUGCAUCAAUCUCGAUAUCCAAAAGCGAUUCGCCCAAGCAAGACGACAUCGAAACGACUCCUCGAGCUCGUUCACGCCCUGUGCCACCCAAGCAACUCGAUGGCAGCAAGGAGGAGGAUGUAGCGUCAAGUUCAACUCGAGUGGCUACCCGAUCCCGACCUCAUCCCCUCGUUUUUGAACUCGUCCCCCGACCUGCGCCACCCUUGCCAGAUCCCACGUCUGAGCAUUACCCCGGAUUCUUUAUAUAUCCCGAUCCCUAUACCGUCGUUGCUCGACCCGACGAAACACGAUCAGUCGAAGAGCAGGUUUGGUACGAUGAAGAGCCGGAGAAGGAGAACUCCCAGCCACCGCGCCAAGUCCACGCUCUUCCCUCUGCCUUUAUCGACUCCUUGGCCAAAUCAAGCUCAUUAUUCCCUGCCCCACUACCCAAGGGAAAGACCAUUGCCAGCAUCUUCAGUUCUUCAUAUCGAUCAGUGGCACAUAGGAGAAUAUUUGGACCACGAAGCGCGGUGUUGGAGGAUGAUUCCCUGGAUCUGACUGCAAUAAACAAUUAUGCUCGACGGGCAGCAUUGAGCUCGAACCCCUUGGAAGAUGAUAAAGACGGGUCACCGUCGUCUUGA